AUGUGCCUCCAAAUAUACUUGGGAUCUCACGCACAUCCUCCUCAUCACCUCUCGCCCGCUCAUCUCGAUCGUGUUGCUCAUUCACAUCGCACUUUCCUCGCCACUUUCUUGGGAAGCCAUCAAAGCGCAGAUGAUGCAAUCUUUUACUCUUACAAGAGACAUAUCAAUGGCUUCGCCGCAGUUCUUGACGACAAUGAAGCUUCAAAAAUCGCUAAGCAUCCAAAUGUAGUAUCUAUUUUCUUAAACAAAGGAAGAAAACUGCAUACCACUCAUUCAUGGGAUUUUAUGCUUCUUGAGAAACAUGGCGUGAUUCACAAGUCUUCUCUGUGGAAGAGAGCAGGAUUUGGACAAGACACAAUCAUAGCCAAUCUUGACACAGGUGUGUGGCCCGAAUCAAAAAGCUUCAGCGAUGAAGGGUAUGGAGAUGUUCCAGCUAGGUGGCAAGGCAGUUGCCACGGUGAUGUUCCUUGCAACAGGUUCACAUCUUCUCUCUUACUAUUACAUCCAUCAUUUAAAUUUAUUAGAUUAUUGUUUGAUUCAUCACAUGUAACCAGGAAGCUUAUUGGUGCAAAAUACUUCAACAAAGGCUACUUAGCAUACGCAAAAUUCCCCUCAAAUUAUACCUUUGAAACCCCUCGUGACCUCGACGGCCACGGCACCCAUACACUCUCCACAGCGGGAGGAAACUUUGUCCCCGGAGCCAAUGUCUUUGGACUUGGCAACGGGACAGCUAGUGGCGGUUCUCCUAAGGCUAGAGUCGCCUCUUACAAAGUGUGUUGGCCUCCUGUGAAAGGUGCCGAGUGCUUUGAUGCUGAUAUCUUGGCAGCGUUUGAUGCAGCUCUUGGUGACGGUGUGGAUGUUAUAUCGGCUUCAGUGGGUGGAGAUGCAGGAGAUUAUAUGAAUGAUGGUAUGUCCAUUGGUUCUUUUGUAGCCGUCAAAAACGGUGUGACGGUUGUGUGUUCUGCUGGGAACUCGGGACCUAAACCUGGAUCGGUCUCUAACGUUGCACCGUGGAUUUUAACCGUUGGAGCUAGCUCUAUGGAUCGGGAGUUUCAAGCAUUUGUUGAGCUUAGCAACGGCUCACGCUUCAAGGGAACAAGCCUCUCGAAGUCUUUGCCUGAAAACAAGAUGUACGAUCUGAUCAGUGCCGCGGAUGGUAAAGCAGCUAAUGCGUCAGCGUUACAAGCAUUGUUAUGCAAGAAAGAUAGCCUAGACCCGGAGAAAGUGAAAGGAAAGAUAAUAGUGUGUCUAAGAGGAGACAACGCACGUGUGGACAAGGGACAACAAGCAGCCACUGCCGGUGCUGUAGGAAUGAUACUAUGCAACGACAAAGCGAGCGGAAACGAGAUCAUCUCAGACACUCAUGUUCUUCCCGCUACUCAAAUCGACUACAAAGAUGGUGAAGCUGUGUUUUCAUACCUAAACUCCACUAAAGACCCCAAAGGCUACAUAACUGCACCCAACACAAAGCUACAAACAAAGCCAGCUCCAUUCAUGGCCUCAUUCUCUUCAAGAGGUCCCAACAGAAUCACACCAGGAAUCCUCAAGCCAGACAUCACUGCACCAGGUGUCAACAUUGUAGCCGCCUUCACUGAAGCCACAGGCCCUACAGACAUAGAAUCUGACAACCGUAGAACUCCUUUCAACGUCGAAUCAGGAACAUCCAUGUCUUGUCCCCACAUCUCCGGCAUCGUUGGACUCUUAAAGACUCUCCACCCUGAAUGGAGCCCUGCCGCGAUUCGGUCAGCAAUCAUGACUACUGCAAGAACUAGAGAUAACACUAAAAAGCCAAUGGUUGAUGCAACCUUCAACAAAGCGACACCGUUUGGGUAUGGAUCAGGCCAUGUCCAGCCCAAUAAAGCCUCACACCCUGGCCUUGUCUACGAUCUCAACACUGGAGAUUACUUAGACUUCCUUUGCGCUAUUGGUUACGACGACAAGGUGGUUCAACUCUUUGCUGAUGAUCCACAAUACACGUGCCGCGAAGGAGCUAAUCUUUUGGACUUCAACUACCCUUCGAUCACUGUUCCUAACCUCUCGGACUCUGUCACAAUCACUCGUAAACUCACGAACGUUGGACCGCCUUCCACGUAUACUGCCUAUUUUCAUGCACCCCUUGGAGUUGAAGUCUCUGUAGAGCCGAAACUGCUCAUGUUCAGUAAAGUUGGAGAGGAGAAGAUGUUUCAGAUGACUCUCCAUGCCAAGUCAGCGAAGGCUUUAGGGUAUGUCUUUGGAGAGCUGACUUGGACUGAUUCCAGACACCACGUUAGGAGUCCCAUUGUCGUCCAACUUAGCCUCUAG